GGCCUGCAAAAGACCAGUGGGACACUUCCUAGCGCCGCGCAUCAGCAGAACAUUGUGAUUCCCCGUGGCCGGCACUACGCUCUUAAAUUGCCAACGCUGUUUAAUUGGCUUACCGCUUCAACCUUGGAAGUACACGAACACCCUAGUUUGCGUCGAUGAAUGUGUUCCAGCCAACACCCCAUAUUUGAGGAGAGUGAUGGGUAUACCCCUGCAGGUUGCUGCGCAGGAACUAUGUGGAACGUGCCAUUGGAACGUCAGCUGUGGUCGUUGUACGACAACCAGCAUGGAUAAGUUGACCUUGGAAACACACGUAGAGAAGCGUGCCCAGUAUGUUUACGCCUUGUUUAUUCAGACUAAACAGGUGCCAGGCCAGCAAAAAUCCGAUCCGUGUAUUCCGUACAGACUAACAUUAGGAAGAAGACUACCAAGGUGAAUACCAUGAUAAUUGUACAGCUUGUAUAUAAAUGUUGGUUUUUCAAAUAUACGCCCAUAAAUCUACUGUUCGUGUAGUAUUAUGACUAGCCAUAUAGGUACCUAACCAUUUAAAGAUUUUAGUACCUAUAGGAAUAGCAAUCAUAAUUGUCAUAGCUGAGAAGUAUGCUCGUGUAUCUUCGUGUAGACCGACAGUCAUCAGUUGAUGUGCCCAUACUGGCCUUCUUCGUUAACUGCGCUGCAGUGCUGAAACAUCGCUCUACUGUGUACUCUCUCAAUGCUGACGAAUGUGACCCGAACCUGUCGCUUUCACUCAUGCUGUUACGUCCACCCGCACUUAGUUUCCGCUGGCUUUGGACGCGUUACGUUGAAAAGGAGACUACAACCCUGCAUGCCGAGCUUCAACCAUUUCGAGCGUUCCACUUGUUUCUUGUUAGGGUUCCUCCGUUUUGGGCAGAUGUGGCGUGCAGAACGUUUUGAUUGUUCUGGAGAACCCCCGUUACGCUGCGGUGUGGUUCACUCUGGUAAGAUAAGCAUGCGCAGUUCACACAGGGAGAAGGAGUUGGUCGUUUCGUUUGUGCCGAUAGCUGCAAAGAUUGUGACCCCCUCACGCAUGGACUUUCCGCGAAAACGCCUGCCACUACGGUCUCCUAGCUCCUUUGUUUGAGGUUUGUCUCGCCUUUCUUCCCCCGUUGGUGUCCAUAAUCACUCUUCUUCCCGCUGCAAGGUCAACAGGGGUGCUUCUGCUGGCUCGCCACCGUCAUAUUAUUCGUAGACACGUAUUUAUGCAUAACAACCCAGGUCUCGCGUCGCUUUUCCCGCUGAGACGUUCUCGGAAUAUUCAACUAAACAGUUCUACACGGGCAGCUUCCGAGCCGGUGUAUCCAGCCGUAACACACUCUACACAGUUCAUCUGCGUAGGCAGUAUUCAGCGGCGAAGAAGCACUCGUGUGUUUGAACACGACUAUUCAUUGCUCACCAACGAAUUGUAGGGGCACGUGCUAACUUCAGUCGCAUUUUGGUGCAUGAUUCUUUGGCAAAUUGCCUUUACUGCUCCUCCAGAAGCAUAAAACACAUUUCAUGUGUCAAGCCUGCGUUCUUUAAGAGGAUCUCCGCGAACGCCGUUGCGUUGCACCGGAACUCCGCGGCCCCUUCCUCACUUCAUGGAUUAAUUUCCCGGAAGAAACACAUCUGGGAAAAGAGAUAUCAGUGUGGCACAAUAAAAUUGAGAAUAUGUGCGAGCUGCGACGCGCUGGCCAUCAUGUUGUUCUUGCUAGUUGGAUGGAGCAGACUGUCAACACACCCGCAGGCGCUGCUGACCAAACACACAGAAGCCUCCUGCAUCUGUUCGUUGUGAAGAAAUUCACGACGGUACACAAAUGACGGCAAACUGCUGAGUGCUUCGACAGGGCGAGUGGCUGCGACUGUCUACCAACCGUACUUUUACGGCAGUUCUGGUGAACCAUGCUUGAGAGAGGUUCAUUUCAAACAUCCUAAUGGCGGGUUGUUGCCUGUAGUCGAAGAGGGGAGCGUGGCCCUUCAGGUGACGCAUCGCCUCACAGAGAUAGCCGGCCACGGGGGCUGCAAGGUUUCGGCACGCAGUACUAAGGCGGAGCUCUGCUUGCCAGUAUGUACCUUCAAUUGUGCGCCGUAGUACAAUUACACUAGAACGCUCUUGGGAUCCGUAAUGCGACGCAGCGGAGAAGAUUCCAUAUGACGAGAUGUCCUGCAAGGAUCGGAAAACCCCAUUCGUCUUCGCGUCUCCCGUUUGAGACGCAGGCGUUUCUGAAGAAGGCCGACGACAGUGGGACACCUGCACCUACGAUUCUCGCCUACGAGAGUGUCGCAGCCGCGCCACAAUUAUAAUAUCACCUUAUUUAAUGUUAGAUCAUCCCGAACGCUCACGCAGAGGCAAUACUGUGCAAGGUACGCGUCGAGUAACCAGUGAGGAUCCUCUGCAAAUCUUGGAACCCGCAGGCUUGGUCACUUGCGCUGAGUAACAAUGGACCGUACCAUAUGUCCCUUUUUUAUACAGAGUUUCACAAUGUCAACUGCUUUGAAGCGGCUCAUUCCAUUUCUAGUUCCCUUUGUGGUUUUCCUGGUCGCUGCUGCCUUGGGAGGCCUUGCGGCGGAUCAGCCUGGAAAUCAUCAGGCUCUUGCAGAACCAGUUACGGGUGUGGGGGAAGCAGGAGUGUCCCCCGUCAACGAAGCUGGUGAGUCAUACAGUUCUGCAACUUCGGGUGUCCAAGAAGCUACCGCCCCAGGUGCAGUGCUCCUGGAAGCAAUCGAUGCCGAGUCGGAUAAGGUGGACAAUCAGGCGGAGGGAGGUGAGCGUAUGAAGAAGGUCGAAGAGGAGUUGUCGUUAUUGAGGCGGGAAUUAUAUGAUCGCACAGAUCGCCCUGGUUUGAAGCGUGCUGUGAUUUUAUCUCUUGGGACAAGUGCAUUGAUAGCUGGGAGGAUGUUUUCCAGUACGUUGCGAGCCGCUGUACCGUGGUAUGCAGUUGCGUUCAAUGCGAUUGUCGCCGCCUACUACAUUCGCAAAGUUCUUACCUAUCGUCGUCGAGUGAUGACAAAGAGGCAACCCUUCAUGAGUUCGGUAAAGAACUUUUUUCGCCGCAGGCCAAAGGAUGGGGGUGCUGGGGUGGACAAAGCCUCCAAGAAAUAAACCUGAAACAUUCGUUGACGCAGAUUGGACACAGAGCGGCUAUUGCUACGCAACACGGUCCCCAAAGCAUCGUGCCAGUCUCUCUCGGGAAGACGCCUUUAUUGAAUCCCUAUACGGACGCCUUUUAACCUGGCUGGGGGCUGAGUGUACUGCUUGUUUUUAAGCACGUGAACGCUUGCUACCGGGUGCGAGAGGCGUUUUGUUAAUUCCCGACACCAGACGCGUUCUGCGAGAAACAUCGUCAACAAUGAGAUGGAUGUGGGGCUUGUACCACGUAAAUGCCUGAAUGACGAUAUCUGGAAGGGCAUUGAAGAUCCCCCGUUCGUUUUUAGUCCAAAACAUCGGCCGAACGUUGAAGCCUAGGAGUUGAACACAAGCAUCUACAGAAGAGAGGAAAAAGGUGGAUAAAAUGAAGAGGAGCGAUAACAGAGGUAGAACUUGAAAGACCCCUCAACAGCCCCGGACGGGACGCAGGCCCACCUUGAUGGUUUCUGUGACCUGAAAUGCAGCGGCUAUAUCAAGUAAAAACGAGUAGUAUACCACACGUCUGGGAGAUUAAGUGUCUUUUCGUUCGCAUGAUGGGCAUCUUGAAAUUGAAGUGCGUACGAUAAAGUGUGGAGGAUGCUCUAUGGGAUCUAGUGAGCGAAGCUGACGGAUCACCGUCUGCCGGUUUCUCCCCAGUCAGUGCAUUGUGAUGUCAGAACAUGGCUAUUCGACAGUGGACUAUUGCUCGAUAUAAAGUGAUGGAUCGUGAACUACAUCGCUGCUCGCUCUCAGGACACACGUCCGGAAGGCACCUGCGCAUCUGCCUUGUGUUUGACAUUGAACUGUAUGACAAGGAAACCCAGCGAACGUAUAAGUGUUUGGUAGACCAGAGCAGUAUCGACAUCUGCACCCUUCAUUUGUCUCGCUCGUUUCUUCACCCACUGCGGGGGAAAAAAGCCAUCUCCCACACGUGUUGCCAGACAACGCCCUGACUUUGGGGGGGGAGGGGAGGUUGGGCAGCAUAGUUCUCUUCGACUGUGUCCCCCCUUUGAGGUACACGAACGAAGACAGGAGUGCGGGAUACAACAUUUCUCCUUUCCAGUCUUCAUGCUUUUCAGGAUUGUUCUCCACGACCACCAUUGCUUAUUGUAUUCACAGUUGCUGUGGGGCUUCUGAUGAAAAGAAACUGCCCCGGUGCAAUGCUGCUUUUCGCGAACAAUACUGUGACGCUGAGGAUCACAGACAGAGUACAUCGACAUCGCGCAAAUGUCCGGGCAUCAGUGAAAAGAACGCACUAACUAUUCAGAAUUAUAUCGUGUCGGCUCAACGUAAUUUCAAACUGAAGCUGCACUUGGGAGCACACGACACCGAGCUAGACCUUGCAGGACUUUGCAACCAUGCAUGCACGGUACAUUACGUGCGAUUCUUCCACAUUUCACACACAAAGAAGACACGUCGGAGUGGCAACUCGCAUAAGCAGAUAGCGUAACUGCUUCAACGUAGACUGACAGGACCGGCCGCCAUUUCGCGACAAGCAAACGAAGAAAGAAAAACUGCACGGCAACUUCAGCGGUUGCUGCGGCUUCAGAGACAUCGAACAAGACCAGUGUGUGCGGCCGCCUCCAUCAGUGUGAGUUAUAGCUCUGUCUCGAAAGCGCCGUCUAGGUCACCUACACAAAAAGGAGUUUGCUCGCAGCGAGAAAGCUGCUUUCAGGCGAGAAGGCAACUGAUGGGCUCGGCAAAUGUGCGGAAUCUCAGGCAGUACCGCCAGACACCACGACUGAUUUCCCGUAAAAUUCCUUUAUCAUUCUAGCAGUUGCUACAGCGGCUGUUUUUGUUCACGAAAAUGGUGCUCAUUACACAGGUUCUUUGAGAACCUGUGCUUUCUUUCACUGGGGCAGUGUGCAGCUACGACACUCAGCGCCUGACCCACCACGCGUUAUGUCUCCUUCGUGGUAUCCGCGUUUACCCCGG